AUGGAAAAAGAAUGGAGAAGAGGGAAGUGAAAGGGGUUUAGGAGGUUUUUAUGAAGGAAUAGAGGAUGGAGGGUGGAGGGUGGAAGAGAAGGUUUUGAGAGCAAAAGUGAAAGAUAUGAAGGUUUAGAAGAAGAGAUUUGGUGUUUGUAAUAGUUCUAUAAUUUUUAGAAAUUUCCUAACAUCACCUUCUAAACUUCCUCCUUUUCCACAAACAUCUAUCUUCCCAUCCCCCAAUCCCUCUCAUUCACUUCUCUACACCAACUCCACCCACUCAAACCUCCUCGCCCUCCUAAAAUCCUUCAAAACCCAUUCCAAAAAUUCUUUCCCAAUUCUCUAACCUCUACUCAUGAAUUCUUCAAAAAAACUUAAAGCCAAGAUUGAUCAUGUGGUUCGCUCACAAAUUUUAGAAACAGGCUUGGCCAGGAUGUAGAUUAGGAGCAAGUGAAGUAGGGAGAGCAUGGACUUGGGAGUUUAAUUCAGAAGCUUUUGUUGGGGUACUAUUGGAACAAAUGAAGAUAUAAUCUAGGCUUACAGUAAAGGAUUAUUGGUAUGUUUCUUAGACAGGAUAUCCAUGUACAGGAAUCCUGAUAUAUUAUAUUAAGUUUUCAUAAAAUAACUAAAAAUAUUUACAAUAAGGUAUAUGUCAAGAUCUCAAUAUCACAACCUAACA